GUCGUCCUUCAUAGCCGGUCAAUUGUGUUAGCAAAAGACCAUUGAGAACUCCCAGGGGAAACGGGCCAGGUGACGAAUACUCAAAACUAAACUCCACCCCCCACUCUGGCAAGCACACCAGUUCACCCACCUGCACCAACGAUCAUUGACACCUGAGGUUCUGAGCAGCGCAGACCUACCUCCGCCCAAAGUCAUCGUCAGGCAAGUAGCUUCCAGGACAGCCGCAGACAUGAACCCUCAUCAGGCAAAGAAGAUCGACAUCAAGUCCCUCUCCCCCGAGGAGCAGCGGCUCUUCCGGCUGUACGGCAAGCUGCCCAGCCGCAGCGACCACUUCGCGAAGCACCUCAAGGAGCGCAAGUACUUCGACAGCGGCGACUAUGCCAUGAGCAAGGCCGGCAAGGGCGACAGCGUCGACACGGGCGCCGUGGGCAGCCAGCACCCCGUGCCCGAGAACAUCCCUCAUCUCUCGAGCCCCGUCAGCGGUGCCAACGGCAUCGGAAGCUUGCUGCAUCCCCACCACCAUCAUCAACAUCACGCUUGCAUGCAAGCCGGCAGCCCUGUCAAGGAGAGCAGCUUCCUCCAUCGCGAGACCAGCGCCGAAGACAUCGAGACGGGUGCUGCCGGCUCUGAAGAACAGCAGGAGCAGCAGCAGCACGGGCCGUCAAACGCCCCCCCGGCAGCAUCUACAACGGCGGCCAGUGAGCAUCAGGAACUCCCCGUGCGGCGGUGAAGUAACAAGGAUGUGAUACGUGUCCCUUGAGAGGGCUUUUGACGUCGCACCAGCGUACUGGACAGACUGCGACUUACGAGUUUACGAAAACGAUUCGCGGCGUCGGGGUUUGGCUUGGAUGAUUCUUGCGGAUGAUGACGACAAGGGAGGCAGGAUCAAGGGGAGAACGGAAAUCGAGUUGGCUGAGUUUCGACGUCGGUUUUGUUUUGUAGUUCUCCCGUUCACGCGCGAGUUAGUUUUGGCUUCCCUUUCCUUCUUCAGCAA